GGACUCCCUGGAAGGAUGAGGUCCUCUGUGAUGCCUUUGGGGCCCACUGUGAGCCGGGACCGCAUCAUCACCAGCUUCCCUAAGUGGUACACUCCCGCUGCCUGCCUGCAGCUCCGGGAGCACUUUCACGGGCAGGUCAGCGCCGCCUGCCAGCACAGGAAUACGGGGACCGUCGGGCUCAAACUCUCCAAGGUGGUUGUGGUCGGCGACCUCUACGUGGGCAAGACCAGCCUCAUCCACAGGUUCUGCAAGAAUGUUUUCGACCGUGACUACAAGGCCACCAUCGGGGUGGACUUUGAGAUGGAGCGCUUUGAGGUCGCCGGGAUCCCCUUCAGCCUCCAGAUCUGGGACACAGCAGGACAGGAGAAGUUCAAGUGCAUCGCGUCUGCCUACUACCGGGGUGCCCAGGUGAUCAUCACGGCCUUUGACCUCACUGACAUGCAGACCCUGGAGCACACCAGGCAAUGGCUGGAGGACGCGCUGAGGGAGAAUGAACCAGGCACCUGCUUCCUGUUCCUCGUGGGGACCAAGAAGGACCUUCUGUCAGGGGCCGCGUGCGAGCAGGCGGAGGUGGAGGCCGUGCGCCUGGCCAACGAGAUGCAGGCCGAGUACUGGUCCGUGUCGGCCAAGACCGGGGAGAACGUGAAGGCGUUUUUCAGCCGUGUGGCCGCCCUGGCCUUCGAGCACUCGGUGCUGCAGGACCUGGAGCGGAGGAGCAGUGCCCGGCCGCAGGUCGGCGACGGGGACAUCAUCCGGAUGGAGGAACAUCUACCCGAGACCCAGGACAGCAAGAGGCCCUCCAGCCCAGGUUGCUGUUAGCUGAGCCUGCGUCAGAGGCCUCCACUGCCUGCAUGCGUGUGGGCAGUGCCUCCCGUGACCUGGAGGGUGACAUGGAACACCCACCGUGCUGAGCCCCAGGGCUCCGCCUCUUCUCUUUAGCGGGUCGGGAGCCAGGGAAGGCCCCCAGUGGCUGCCCAGGGCCCCAUGCUGCCCAGCUGGUGUGGGCACUGAGGCUGUCAUCUGGAAGGCCAGUUGCACUUACAGAGUCACCCGACAGCCCCCCAGCCCCGGGAGGCUCAGGACCACAGGCACAGACACGUGCCCCCAGGCCCACGGCGCUCGCCCUGGGCACAGUCAGCAUCCCCUCGGGCCUCUUCCCCACUUUCCUGGGUCGGCCUCGGAAUCCUCCUCAUCUCGGUGGUCCAGGCAAGCGGGACUUGCUGAAGUCAAGGCUCCCUGUCUGCUGCAACCCGGAUCGGGCGGGAGCACCCAGGCCUCCCCUCCCCAGCUCCCUCCCAGGGCGCCCAACCCUCUCCAUGCCUUCAUGUUGCUCCUCCUCAGGGGCUACUGAGCCCCCACCCACCCCACUCUCCCCAGCCCUGGGUGUGUGCCUCCCAAUCCUGCCCUCCAUGGCCAUAGGCAGGUGGCACGUCUGGCUCCCGCCUGUUUCUCGUAGAUGGUGAGCAUUUCUCGGGCAGCCAGGUGGUUAGCCACCGGGAGACUCGGCAGCUUCUGUUCAUUCCCCCUUCACCACAUUUUCAGCUCUCCUUUUUUAUAGAUAGGAGAUACUUCUUUAUAUAAAUCGCUCCUAAAGGAAUGGCGUAUGUGCUUAUUGUGAAACGAGACAGCACAGAGCUCUGC